CAAAUUACCCAGAGAACAGCCGCUUCCAGGUUUGAAACUCAAAUGCAAAUCCAAAUCCCCCCCACCACGGCCACCGCCCCCCUUUCCGCCGCCGUCGUCGCCGGUGUCCCCUCCGGCUCCGGCAGUGCCCAGCGGCGUUAGCGACCAUGGGGGUCAAGAACCUUUGGGACAUUCUCGACUCCUGCAAGCAGAAGCUGCCGCUCAACCACCUCCAGAACAAGAAGGUGUGCGUAGAUCUCUCCUGCUGGCUCGUGCAGUUCUGUACCGCCAACCGCUCGCCGGCCUUCGUCAGGGACAAGGUCUACCUCAAGAACCUCUUCCACCGCAUCCGCGCCCUCCUCGCCCUCAACUGCAGCCUCAUCUUUGUCACAGAUGGGGCAAUACCUUCAAUGAAGCUGGCUACUUAUAGACGUCGGCUAGGAUCCAACUCUGAGGCUGAUUGUGAUGACACGAGUUCGCAACCAUUGACCUCCCUUAAACGGAACAAGGGAUCAGAAUUCUCGCGCAUGAUUAAAGAGGCGAAGCAUCUUGGCUUGGCCUUAGGCAUCCCUUGCUUGGAUGGCGUCGAGGAAGCAGAAGCACAGUGUGCAUUGCUUGAUUUAAGCUCAUUGUGCGAAGGCUGUUUUACAUCAGAUUCAGAUGCUUUUCUUUUUGGGGCAAGGACAGUUUACAGAGAUGUUUUCAUAGGGGACGGUGGUUAUGUCAUUUGCUACCAAAUGGAGGACAUAGAGAAAAAGCUUGGUUUUGGCAGGAAAUCACUGAUAUCAUUUGCAUUGCUUCUUGGUUGUGAUUAUUCUAACGGUGUUCAUGGCUUUGGCCCGGAAGCAGCAUGUCGUCUUGUCAAAUCUGCGGGAGAUGAUUCCAUCCUGGAUCAGAUUUUAUCUGAUGGAGUAAAAGCUACAAGAAAGUGUAAAGGGAAAAAGGCCGGCAUUGACAAAAACAAGGGUGGUGACAUAUGCACAAGAAUAGGUACCUCUGAGGUUGGGAUGAGCCAAGAUUCUGGUGGUCAAUUCCGUGAGGUAAUAAACGCAUUUCUAGAGCCAAAAUGCCAUUUGCCUGAUUCGGAAAAUGUGCGGAGGGUAUGCUGCCAGCACCCAUUUCGUCAUUCAGAGUUCCAACAGAUUUGUGAGAAAUAUUUUGAAUGGACCCCAGAGAAGACUGAUGAAUACAUCCUUCCGAAGAUAGCUGAGAGAGAACUUCGAAGGUUUUCAAAUCUUCGCUCGACAUCUUCAGCUCUAGGAAUAAAACCAUUGUUGAGUGAGAUUCCAGUACCAUGCCCUGUAUUGGCAAUUACGAAGCAACGAAAAGUUCAUGGAAGUGAGUAUUAUGAGGUUUCAUGGAGAAACAUGCAUGGACUCCAAUCUUCAGUUGUUCCAGGGGAUCUCAUCAGAAGUGCGUGCCCAGAAAAAAUAACCGAGUUUUUGGAAAAGAAGGAUGAAGAGAAGAAGCAAAAGAGGAAAGCUAGGCCGAAGAAAUCAGCACAAGCUGCAGUAAAAGAUGUUGAUGCGCGGCUCCAAGAAUUGAUGCUUGGUAUUGAGUCUGAAUGCGCCACGUUUCCGCCUGCAAGCAAUUGUCCUGGGACAGGAGAUGUACACCGCAUGGCACCUAGCAUGGCUAUCGUUGAUCUGUCUUCUCCAUCUCCGCCCCUCCGGGCUUGCAAGUCCCAAAAGUUCAUCGGAUCAACCACAGCUGUGAUGAAUGGGGUUGAUUUGCUGAGCGGUAUGAUGGAGUCACAAAGUAGCACCCAGUCAAGUGUUGGUCAGAACUCUGAGUCACAAAAUAGCACUCAGUCAAGCGAUGCUCAGAACUCUGAGUCACAAAAUAGCACUCAGUCAAGUAGCACCCAGUCAAGUGAUGCUCCGAGUUUUACCCUUGACGACGACGUGAUUGAUCUGUCCUCACCCCUGCCUCCAGUUGCUGAACGACAGCCUUGCCGCUUCCAAGACUUGCCACCUUAUGAUGGAGCUGAACGAAGAGCUCUGACAGAUUUAAGCAAUUUCCCUGAGAAAAGCAGCAUGCUGGGCGCUUCAGAUAACAGGCACAAAGCUGGUGCAAGCGACGGUUGUGCGCUGGUCGAAGCAUCGCCACCAGUCAUCCAUGGCGCUCGGAUGUUCAGUGGCCGAAGUAAUGUACCGAUUGUUUCGUUGGCAGAAUCAGAAGCUGGCGCCAUUGAUCUGUCAUCUCCUUCACCGGUUUUCGACAGGAGAAGGAAUGGUAACCAUGUCAAAGAUGCAAUAGACAUUAGUGAAGCUGACAGUAGUGUCGUGUGUCCUGAUGAUGAUGAACAUGAGAGGAAGGCGAGAGAGCUCAGAUCGUUUCUGAAGAGCAUUAGAGACGAACUGUAGUAUUUGAACACACAAUCAAUUUGGUGUAUUUGAUCGGAUACAUUUGUGUAAAGUUUGCUUGCUUUUUUACA